CUUGCUGUCAAGCGCAGAUUCGCAGCUAGAAUGGUAUCCAUCACAGCUGAUGCUCGCGCAAUCAGGCGCGAUAGCGAACCAACAUGCAGUAAUGAACAUUCAAAGCUUCGGGCUUUUAGCCCGCGAAGGAAAUGGUCUAACCACUCGUUCUCGGGAAGCGUUGAUGACAGUGAUGUUGACGGCCCCCCAAAAAGCGAAGCCUCGACCUCAUCUACGUUGGCGAUUGGCCUUACCUCUGACCAGGUUGAACCAUGGCAGCGAUUUCCAUACUUGAAAUACGGUUAUCGCCGUGGUGGAAGCUACACGCAAUGCUUGCUGAGCCUUUUCAGCCUCCACAAUGAAACAGUCAACGCUUGGACAACACUCCUAUCAGUGAUAAUGGGCUUCGUUCUCUUUCUGGACACGGUAUCGCAUUUGCGAUGCAGCUGGCUGGACUUCUCUCCCUUCCUUGCAGCAUGGAUAGGGCAAACUCUGCACGGCCCGCUUUCAUGCGGAUACCACACUUUCAUGUGCAUGUCUCCUACCAUCGCCAAUCGAUGGCGCAAGCUGGACCUCACCUUCAUCCUCGUGCUCAACACCUGCGCCACCUACGCCCUUUCCUACUUCACCUUCGGCCUGACCUUCUCCCUCAUUUGGACGGCGCUGGUGGGCUGUACGGCAGCCCUGGGUAUACGGCACGUGGCUGCGCUACAACCCAAGCAGCAGCUGGAUCGCGCUCGCAUUCUGGGGCUUAUCGGACUCACCUGCAUGG